GCCAAAGUUGACAGCAAGUGUCUAUGAGGAGUACCAACAUUCCCUCUUGAUCGGGCAUACCCGCUGUGAGCCAUCUAUCUUAAUCAAAACCAAUGCGAUGCCUUGUAUCCCACGAUAUUUCCUGAGUAUUCUUUCAACGAUCUACACAGUGAUUUAUGAUCGCUGUCGGAACUGUUGGCAGACGUUAUGUUCUUGUGUAUCUGCUUGUUGUCCAUGUCUUUGUGAAGACAAUAGAGAGAAUGGCCAACUUCUCGCACAUUCGACCAGUGACAAUAGAGAGAAUGGCCAACUUCUCGCACAUUCGACCAGUGUAAUAGCUUCCUAUCAACAACAACUGUGUCGACGCAUUUUGGACUCCUUCUCGCAAAUAUAUUUGAGUUCUAUCAGGCACAGCCUAAAUUGGGACGUAUUGAAUACGGUCAACGGCAAAACAAUUGUCAUUUGUGCUAAGAUUUCAAGACUUCAAGAUGAUAUACAAGCUACUCUUAACCACCUAAAUAUCCUGGGAAAACCGAAGAUUAUGUUAGUGGUGAUCCAUACCUGUGAACCAGGUGUCACCCCGGAGAACUUCCUGAGGUAUCUACCAGAUGAUAGAGUGACGUCAUUUACUAACGUCAUCUACAGUGAAUCAAUGUCUGCUUGUUAUAACUGUCUUACCAACAGAGAAGCAGCUGCAGACAUUAAAAGAUUUAUUAAAUGAGUUCUUAUAUUAUGUAUUGUAAUUUACCAAUGCAAAAUUAAAUGAACUCUCUCACAAAACAUUAAAGUACAUGUAAUCAAAACAGAAUAAGUUUAGUUUCAUAUUUUGCAGUCAACUAUAAUGUGCUAUUCUUGUCAAUAUGUAAAUAUUUCUAUCUCUAUGAUACCUAAACCAGCUAUCGUUGAAGUCAAACUGUUAUUGUCUUGUACAGAUUUGGUGUGUAAUACAUGCAUAUAAUAACAAAAUAGUAUAUCAUA